AUGUUUGAAUCUCCAUUUAAAAGCGAUUUUGAUUUCGGUACAGAAUUUGAAUCCUCCACACAGCAUCCUUUUUCUCUUCGCAGUCGAUUACGCGAAGUUCGAGAUGCAUUUCGAGGAUUUCGGCCAUCACCUGGUACUGGUACUGUUUCUCACGGCGAGUCAAAUCUUCCAACUAUGCCAGUUCGGAGUGCAUCCGACACCGCCACAUCUUCAAUCAAAAGCUCAAACUCUCCUUCUCUCCCGAUGAAAAAACCGGUAAAAGAAAUUGAAGUAUCAAUACAAUUCCUGUACGAAGUAAUACGUACCGAUAUGUUUGAAGUACUUAUUGGCAGUGCUAGUGCUGUUUUUGAUUCAGUUCUUUCUUAUAUAGCAACACUAAAAUAUCCUGCACCUUGUGUUCAGGAUGCUCUAAUAGCUUUGUUGGAUUGGGUCGAAAACAAGAUCCUAUCAAGUACUAUUUAUGAUGAUGUUGAUACUGUUGUUGGGGAACCAGGAAGCUCGGAAAGCGAUGGAAGUGAAGGAAUACGUUUAGCUACUGAGCUCUUGAAAGCUAUUGCGGAAGUCGAUGAGAAAUCAUAUGAAUCUAGUUCAAAACCUGAAAAUGUCAAGUUGUUGGGAUUUCAUCAGGAACACCACAACAACACAUCCGUAACACCAAAUAAUUCAGGUUUCCACAGUAUAUCCAGUGCUGAUAUAACUUCCCCUUUUAAUCAUUCAUCUGGAUGUAUAGGGACCACUGAUAUCAGCUUGGUGGAUCAGAGCCUCGAUGACCUUUUGGCACAACUGAAUCUGCAUCAAGUCACAAAAUUUGAACCAAUUUUCCCGCAAGUUGAAAAUGAAGAUAGUGAUGAGGAUGAUUCGGAUAUUGUCCACGAAAAAAGAGAAGAACGAGAAGAGAAAAAAGAUACGAAAACUUGUGAGGAGGAAGUUCAACGAUUGUCGGAUGGAAGUGAGAUAAGGAAACGGAAAACGAGAACAUUUAAUAUGCUGCAGAAUAGCAAACAGGUAACUGUACGCUCACAUGGUAAUGGAGGUGAUGAGAUUGUUAAUACCUUUCAUGACGGUAAUACAUCAUUCAACGAUGAUUUGGCAACCGAUGAUUUCUUCACAACUCCUCGAAAUUCAUUUGGGCGUAAUCAUUUGAAUAGAGAUAAAUGUCUGGAUGAUUUGCUGAAGACGAAAGAUGAUUCAACAAAUCCAGAUGAAGGCAUUUCCCAAAAAAUCAAAAGUGUCCAACAUACAGAUACCGUUUCCCAAAAAGUGUCGAAGACAGCGAAGAAAAAUGGAAAAGUUAUUGCGGACGAUGCUGCACAAAAAAUUGAUAGAAGUGAACUAAAUGCAAGACAAGUGGAAACUUUUAAAGAUGUUAAAUUGCUGGAUCGUCGUGGAAGUGGUUCUUACGAGGAGCACAGUACGGUUAAAAUGGGUCUCACCAAAUCAUCAUCCUCACCUCCAAUUCCUCCAAAACAGCGUCAUGUUAUUCAAUAUAUGCAGACUUUUGGAAACAAAAGCGAAGACCAGGAUGACUUCUUCAAGGGCUCAACACUUGCUUCAUACAUUUGGUUGAACGAUAAUUUACGAUACCACGAAGAACAGUACAAGAAAAAAAUUUCAUUCGAAUUUUCAUUAUCCAGAGCAGCCGUGUCAAGUCAGCACUUUUCCGAUUUGAGCCAAUUGCUGCAAUACAGUGAAACUGACAGAAUUAUGCUGCCAAAACGAUAUAUGGAUGAGAAUGAGAUCGUCUCGAAAGGAACAACAUCACUGGCAUCUUCGGAGACUUCAGAAAUUCUGGAAUGUAUUGAUGUGACAGAUUGGUUAAUGCUACGAGCACAUGAUGCAUUCUCCAAACCCAAUGAAGUUCGUGGUGGACCUAAAGAUGCGCUGAUUGCUUUUGCGACCCAGCCAUCAGGAUCACUACUUUAUCAAGAGGCUUUUCUCACAACUUAUCGCAGUUUUGUCGAAUCAGACGAACUUAUUCAGAAAUUGAUUAGAAGGUAUUUAUAUAUGUGUACUAUAAAAGAACAGCAGUCAGUCAAAGUAGCUCGUCAAACUUUUUCAAUGCUAGUACGAGUGGUUGAUGAGUUAUGCGCGGUGGAACAAACGCGGAAGCUUAUUCGUGUAAUUACAAAAUUUAUAAGUCGCCUUGUUAAAGACGAAAAUUAUACCUUUGCAAGGAUUUUGAGGAAACGACUAAUGUCACGAAUGGACCUAAAGUCAAUACAAAAACUCACGGCAACAUCAAAAGAGCGAACUAAUAUGAGGGGUGUGAGCUCAAGGCAUCUAACAAUUUUUGAUAUUCGUUCCGCAAUUAUCGCCAAACAAAUGACUUAUUUGGAUGCAGAAUUGUUCCAUAUGAUUGAGCCAGCUGAAAUGCUUUGGUGGGCACAAGAACAAAACGAGAAAAAAAGUCCAAACUUGUGUCGUUUUACCGAGCAUUUUAACAAGGUCUCGUACUGGGUUCGAACUCUCGUCUUGACACCAUGUGAGCAAAGAACACGUGAAAAAGUAAUGACGAAAUUUGUCAAGAUAAUGAAGCAUUUGCGCAUUGUGGGCAAUUACAAUUCUUAUUUGGCCAUCUUAUCAGCACUAGAUUCGGGUCCUAUCCGAAGACUGGAUUGGUCCAAACAUAUCACUGAUCUCUUGAAAGAGCACUCAGUUGUGAUGGAUAGCUCACAUUCUUUCAAAAAUUAUCGCACAUUGUUAGGCGAAAGCCGACCUCCAUGUUUGCCUUACAUAGGUCUUGUUCUGCAAGAUCUAACAUUUGUACAUAUCGGGAAUAGCGAUUAUCUCCCGCCAGAACAAAGCAAUGGUAGAAAGAACCUCUUAAACUAUGGCAAAAGAUGGCAACAAUUUGCAAUUCUAGACAGCAUCCGAUGUUUCAAAAGCUGGAAUUACUCGAUAGAAAAGGAUGAAAAAGUUAUUCAGUUCUUCAAUGGAUUCAACAAUUAUUUGAGUGAAGAUGAGAUCUGGGAUCUGUCAGAAUCAAUCAAACCACGAACACGUAAAAAUAAAUAA